GUUCACUUUUUCGAAUUUUCCAAUUCGAGAAAGGUGUCGACCAAAGAAAGAAGGAAGAGAUAUCAUUCAUCAUUCGCUUCUGGCUCACUGUCUCCUUGCAACGGAAAGAUAUUCGGUGCUUCAGACCAAGAGAUCAGUCAGGUCUUUGUAGAAUAGAGUACUAAUAGAUUAGAUCAGAACAAUCUCAGCUCGCAAGAGGGUACCAUCAUCUUUGAAAGAUCAGCAGAUUAGAAAGAACACACCUAAACCAGUCAAGAUGUUGAAGAUGAAUGUAAUGAGACGAGCGUCUACUACCACUCACGACAAUGGCGACGGGACGGUAACAACCAUCACCACGUCGUACAAUCUGGAUGGUACCAAGGUAACCAAGAAGAAGACGCUUCCCAAGCACAUUCCGGAAAAUGUGGACCGUGGCACGGGUUCUCCCGUUCCUGCCAGGAGAGCGUCGUAUGGGUAUGAGUCCCUCGAACAAGCGGCGGAACAAGUCAAGAGCGAACUGCGUAAGGUACUGGGAGUUCCUCACAGCGACAAUCAUCUCUUUGAAAACAAGGUAGCUCGUGCCAUUCCUGCCGAGAUUGUCCUGAUUGCCAGUCAAGACGAUGUCACACAAGCUCAAGAGAGUGAUUCGGCCAGACGCAAAUACGAAUUGCCCGACAUUCCCAAUACGCGCAGUGAUUCCGGAUCACUAGCAACGUGUGCGCUCUUGCAAAUGUUCUUUGAAGAUCCCAAACGACUCGUCGCUGGCAACAGCAACAAGCAGCCCUACAAUUAUCGGCAACUUCUGCAACAAAUUCAAUCUCGUGUCAAGCAAUGUAGUUCCUUGCAACAGGCCAAUCCCGUCAUUUCGUCCUCUCGACCCUUGGGACCACCCGCGUUAAAGGGAGGACAGUUUGCACCCUUUUACAUUGUUCCUCCGGGUUUUACCGGCACCCGACGGGCCCUCCUCAUUUGCGUCGUGUCGGGAGAAGGACACGACCUCAAGGGACCACCCAAUGAUAUUCAAUACGUGCAUCAUUUUCUGACACAACAUUGUGGAUUCAAAGACAAGGAUAUUAUCCAAUUGCGAGAUGAUCAACACGCUCCGGCAUCGUCCAAACGAUCCACCAAACAAAACAUCCUCGAUGGCUUUUCCAAAAUGGUACGCAUGUCCAACCCCAACGAUGUAUUGUUCAUUCAGUAUACCGGACACGGGGGGCGAUUGGGAGAUAAUCUGUACAUUUUGCCAUCGGACUACAAGGAAAAUGGACAAAUCAUGGACGAUGAUAUUCUCAAGGAUUUGAUCAAGUUCUUGCCCGAAGCGGUUCAUUGCACCAUGCUGGUCGAUUGUUGUUACUCGGGGGUCAUUGGGGAUUUGCCCUAUAGUUUGCAUUCCAACAAGAAAGGCGUGGAUAUUGAACAACAGCAGACCAUUGGUAGUUAUUAUGAUACCGAUACCCGAGAAGAAAUGAUUGAACAUGAAGAACUUUGUGAUGAAGACUACAAGGCAAAGCAAGAGGCACGCUCCAAAUGGCGUAACAUGAAUCGUAUUGCCACCGUGGCGAAGGAGAUGGCCAAGGAAGCGGCGGAAAAGGCCAAAGAAGCCGCUGAAAAGGCCAGCAAGGCGGCUGGUGAAGCCAGUAAGGUAGCGUCCAAAGCCGCGGGUGAAUACGGAAAAGUCGCCUCGAAAGCUGCUGGUGAAUACGGAAAAGUUGCGUCUAAAGCCGCUGGCGAAUACGGAAAAGUCGCGUCCAAAGCGGCGGGAAAAGCAGCUGUAUCGGCCCGAGAGAGAGGCGCACAAGUCCGACAAUCGGCUGGAAAAGCGGCCGAACAGGCACGAAACAAAGCAGCCGAUUUUCGACGGUCGCAAACCACUGACGCGGUUCCGAGGGGACGCAAACGAACCGACGACGAAAAUGCCAGUCGUGGAGUUCCACCAAUGGCCAGGCCCACAUCCCCAAUGAAUCGCAGCAAGACCGUGGGACUGGGACACUCACCACCACGACAGCGACCGCAACCACAAGCUCAGCAACAAAAGCCAGCACUUCGUAGAGUGGCCACGGCACCUGCACCGCAUGCCAUGCCAU